AUGAAAUUGAAGCACCACAAGUGGGGCUAUAAGGUGUUCACAAGGGCAGGUGUCUCCAGAAUUAUGCACGACUUCAUCAUCUAUGAAGGUGAAAGUACUGCUCAUGACAAUGGAUUCGGCAUCUCUGGUGAUAUAGUCAUCGAUCUGGUGAAAGAUCUUCCGGAAAGCAGGAACCACAAAGUCGACAGGAUGGAGAAGUGUCCGCUGGCACCUGACGCAACUCUCAAGGCGCAAGGAAGAGGCUUGGUGGAUUUUCGCGUGGACGAGGACUCUAACAUUGGAGUCAUCAAAUGGUUUGACAGCGACUCCGUACACAUCGUGUCAAGCUACGCUGGUGCCCAACCAACCGACCUUUGCAAGCGGUGGAAACGCAAAGAAAAGCGCAGCAUUGAUGUUCCACGCCCUUUCGCCGUAAAGGAGUACAAUGCCUUCAUGGAAGGUGUUGAUCUCGCCGACAACCUUAUUGAGCUGUACCGCACAGACCACAAAUCGAAAAGAUGGUACAUGCGCAUUUUUUACUGGCUGAUGGAUGUUUAUAUUGUCAAUGAGUGGCUCCUGUAUAAACGCCACUGUGCACAGCUAUCUAUCAAAAGAAGGUUGUCUCUGCUAGCUUUUCGAAUGCAGAUUGCCCAAACCCUUGCACAUCUGAAGUCAAAUCCUUUGAAAAGAAGGUCAGGUAUCGCUGCUGAAGCUGGAAUCGUGUCCGCCAAACACUUGAUCCAUUCUCCGGUGACACCGAGGCCCACAGUGGACGUGAGAGUAUGA